GUAGGCAGCAACGUUGACCUUGACCACGGCCUCGACGCUCCUGCGUCGUCCUUUCGUUUUUCUAUCUAAGACCGUCGCUCGCUCAGGAUGUCUCAGCAACAGCAGCAGCAGACACCGUCACCUACACAGUCGGGAGGAUCUCAAAGCUCACUCGGAUCCCUCACCAUUCCUCAGACAGCGCCUGCUGGCGGGUUAACCAUCACACAACCCCCACAGACUGCGACCUCGUACUAUAAAAUCAAACAAGGUGUAACCCUCACGUUUGGAUGGAAUUUUACCUCGUUGCUAUCCACCCCAACCCAUCUCACCGUAUCAGCCAUCUGUGACAAUGGCAACACUUACCCAGUGGGCCCAACCGACGGUAUUAUUCCUGGAGAUGCACAGUCGGUGGAGUGGGAUCUCUUUUCGUAUAAUCAGGCUCACCCGGACACCCCUCUCGCUCAAAACUCGUACACUCUCCAUAUUUGGGACGAUCGAGGACCGGGGGCGGCCAUGGCGCCAGGGUUAUUCCAUGAGAAUAACGCUUUGCGCUUCGCGUUGUACAAUCCCGCCUCAUAUACGCCAUUAGCCAGUGGGUCCAUUGUUUCGUCCGUAUGUUUGGUCUUUCUCACACUUCGAUUAGGCUGGGAUUGUUCAGGUUGCAACGUUGCAGCAGCAGCGGCUUCCUUUUCGCCCACGAAUCCGGUUUUUAUCAGUAUGUUCACCACAAUCCUCGUGAUGAUUCUUUCUGGUUAUACGCUUUUACGGCAAGCAACUCGUUAGGUGAGGAUAAUCCUAACCUUUCACUUUCACAUUUCAGCUAAGUGUAUGGCAUGUAGACCCGAGUUAGUUGGUGUUGCAGGUGGUUUUUCUUUUUGGGUGGCUUUACUUUGUUCUUCUGUGGUUAUGGACACUUCUGGACAUCACGACAUUUUCGAUAGUAACUGACGAUUCUCUCAUACGUCGACAUCGCAUGGACUAUAGCUUUCACAUAUCGUAGAUUCUAAUCAGACUUAUUCCAAGUGUAUCUCUACACGCCUCGUCUCUAUUGAUCCUUUCGAUCACAGGAACAUCAAUCAGUUGGCCUCUUAGGUGUAACCCUCCAACCCUUCAGGACAUUUCCUUCCACGUGAUGGGAUCACUCUUAGAGGUGACAUGCCUAAGCCUCACCUUCAUUUCUUAGGAAAUGAAUGACCCUCCUUGACUUUGUCCACUGAAUCUCAGAC